UGCCUCUGAUUGGCUUACCUUGGAAUUCUUACCAUAACCCUAACCAAUCUUACUCCUUAUGCCAAAACCUAACCAAUCCAACCAACGAAGGCAACGAGAAAUGACCAAUCAGCGGCAGAGUAGGGCGGGUCAAGCCUUCACCAUCCCACAAACGCGAAUUUGCGAGCGGGAAGGUACUAACGCUAGCUAACCCGACAGCUAGAAGGCUUUGGUGCGUAGAAACUACGAUUGUGUGAUAUUUAGGUGGAGUCAUGCAGGCGUUUUUGAAAGGAGCAACUGUUCAGACUACCAGAUCUCAGAAAGACAAGGCAGCAGCAGGGCAAAGUACAGAGAAGAAAGCCAAGGCUAUUCCUUGGGUAGAAAAAUACAGGCCAAAGUGUGUUGAUGAGGUGGCCUUUCAGGAGGAGGUAGUAGCAGUGCUGAAGAAGUCUCUGGAAGGAGCUGAUCUUCCCAACCUGCUCUUCUAUGGCCCUCCUGGAACAGGAAAGACCUCAACUAUAUUAGCUGCUGCCAGAGAACUUUAUGGUCCACACCUGUACAAACAGAGGGUGCUGGAGCUCAAUGCCUCUGAUGAACGAGGCAUCCAGGUUGUCAGAGAGAAGGUCAAGAACUUUGCUCAGCUCACCGUGGCCGGGACUCGUCCAGAUGGGAAGCAGUGUCCUCCUUUUAAGAUCAUCAUCCUGGAUGAGGCGGACUCCAUGACUGCACCGGCUCAGGCCGCUCUAAGGCGGACCAUGGAGAAGGAGUCUCGCACCACCCGUUUCUGCCUCAUCUGUAAUUACAUCAGCAGGAUUAUUGAGCCUUUGACCUCCAGAUGUUCCAAGUUUCGCUUCAAACCUCUGGCCAAUCAGAUCCAAGAAGAGCGCCUGCUGGAGAUCUGUGAGAAGGAGAACCUCAAGUACACCAAAGAGAGUAUUGCAGAAUUGGUGAGGGUGUCUGAGGGAGACCUGCGGAAAGCCAUAACCUUCCUCCAGAGUGCAGCGCGUCUCAACGUUGACAAGGAGAUCACAGAGCAAGCUGUCAUUGAAAUAGCCGGGGUUGUCCCUCCCAAGAUGAUUGACCACUUGCUGCAAAUAUGCUUCACAGGAACAUUUGAGAAGCUAGAGGUUGCUGUCAGGAACAUGGUGGAUGAUGGCUAUGCAGCCACACAGAUCCUGAGUCAGCUCCAUGAGACUAUCAUAGAGCAGGACCUGAGUGACAAGCAGAAGUCGGCCAUUACAGAGAAGAUGGCGGUUGUCAGUAAGUGCCUGUCAGAUGGUGCAGAUGAGUACCUGCAGAUGUUAAGUCUGUGUUCAGUCAUUAUGCAGCAUGCCUCCCAGAACAACUAAAACUCCGCAAAACAGCAUACUCUGCCUUGGGAUAGUAAAAUAACCUGCUUUUAGCAGGACCGAUAACUGAGACAUCAGCACUUUUCUUGGAUUCAGGUUGUUCACAGUUGCAGUUUUGGACGUCCACCAGUAGAUAACCAAAUAAUAUUGAUAUUUAAUUUUAGAGACCACAGCUGUCGAAGUGUUUCUCUACCCAAAACUGUCUCCCUCCUCUUACUUCAAUAAAUAAGACCCAAUUGUGUAAAUAUGCUUUCAAAAAUGUUACUGUUAAAUCAACCAUCAUAUGUCUCUUUAUUUGGUUUAUUUCAUGUAACUACUUAUUAAUAUACCUUUCUGCAC